AUAAUAAUAAUAAUUUUUUACUGUAGUUUUAUUUUUAUAAUAAAUAUCAUUAGAGGUGACUGAAUCUCAGCUCACUCAGGCGAAAAACCAAGCCAUAGCACUGUCAUCGUUCUCCCCACAUAGUUUAAUGGCGGAAACGGUAAUCCGUUUUGGCAUAAUCGGCUGCGCAGAGAUUGCCCGAAAGAUCUCUCGCGCGAUUAUCCUCGCACCCAACGCCCAACUCUCUGCCGUCGCCAGCCGCUCGGUGGAAAAAGCGGCGGCCUUUGCUAAAGCUAACAACUUUCCUCCCGAUGCCAAGAUAUAUGGCUCCUACGAGUCCCUCCUCGACGACCCAGAUAUCGACGCCGUCUAUGUUCCUUUACCCACCAGUCUUCAUGUGAAGUGGGCCUGUUUGGUAGCUCAGAAGAAGAAGCAUAUCUUGUUGGAGAAGCCUGUGGGACUCAAUGUUGGUGAGUUUGACAAAAUUUUGGAUGCUUGCGAGGCUAAUGGAGUGCAGAUUAUGGAUGGUACCAUGUGGAUGCAUAAUCCCAGAACCAAGAAGAUGCGAGAGUUCUUGGCUGAUAAGGAGCGUUUUGGAGAGCUCAGAACGAUACACAGUACUUUUACAUUUGCUGGUGAUGAGGAUUUUCUGAAGAAUGACAUUCGUGUCAAGCCAGAUCUUGAUGGUCUUGGUGCUCUUGGAGAUGCUGGGUGGUAUCCUAUUCGGGCAAUCCUCUGGGCCGCUGAUUAUGAAUUGCCAAAGACUAUUAUAGCCUUGCGUGGACCUAUUUUAAAUGAAGCGGGUGUGAUUUUGGCCUGUGGGGCUUCUUUACAUUGGGAAGAUGGCAAAGUAGCAACAUUGCAUUGCUCUUUUUUAACGCAUUUGACCAUGUUUGUUACUGCAAUUGGAACAAAGGGAACUUUGCACGUUGAUGAUUUCAUCGUUCCUUUUAAUGAGAAGGAAGCCCCUUACACUACAUCUUCAAAAUCUUGGUUCAAUGAACUUGUGACAGGGUGGGAACCGUUGCCAAGCCAGAACAUGGUCUUCGUAGAUCUCCCUCAGGAAGCUUGCAUGGUGAGAGAAUUUGCUAGGUUGGUUGGAAAUAUCAAGGUGAAUGGUGCAAAACCUGACCAAACGUGGCCAACUCGCAGCAGGAAGACGCAACUCAUACUGGAUGCAGUAAAGACAUCAAUUGAGAGAGGUUUCGAGCCUGUUGAGAUUGCGAAUUGAUUGAGGCUUAUCCUGCCUGUAAGUGUCUGUUUAUUUGAUUCAGAAUUCUCUUCAGUGCAAGCAAGGUUGUUGUUGUUGUUGUUGUUCUGUCUAAAUAAUAUCUGUGGAUGUGUGGCCUCCCAAGGCUUCUUUCAAUUUGCAUUUUAUGUGAAACAGGAGUACCUUCUUUGGUUUA